UCCGCCAGCAGAGCGUCCAACAAUGUUGGCUAAACGAAGGAAACUUUACAAGUAGCUCGACCGAAGUUUUUAUUGUUUUACUUUGGACCAAACCGUGACUCCGGUUCGAGUUGUUUAAACUUUUAUUUGUAUUCGUCACCGCGUGUAAAAGUGCGAGUUUUCAGGCCGGUCCAGUCCAGUCCGGUUCCGUCCAGUCCAGUCAGCGUGUGGCGCUAUAAGUGAAGAGGAGGCAAAGCAGAACCGUGCUAGGAUGUAUAGGCUGGAAUCGAACGGAUCCAUAAUGGACCUGGACGCGGGUCGAGUGAAAAUUAAAGCGCACUACUGUGGGGACAUGUUAAUCACAGACUUGGCUCCCACGGUAACCUUUGUGGAGUUGUGCGAGGAGGUGAGAACGAUGUGCAGUGUUGCCAAGCAGCAGCCCAUCACACUCAAGUGGAUCGAUGAUGAAGGGGACCCUUGCACCAUCUCGUCUCAGAUGGAACUGGAGGAAGCGUUUCGUAUUUACCCUCGGACCAAGAAGUCUGGACUGCUGCUGCACGUCUUCCCCGGUUUCCCGGAGCAGCCUGGCAUGCCCUGUCCCGGAGAAGACAAAUCGAUCUAUCGCCGCGGGGCCAGAAGAUGGAGGAAGCUCUACCGAGUCAACGGACACCUCUUCCAGGCCAAGAGCUUUAACAGGAAAGCCUACUGUGGCCACUGUAGUGAAAGGAUAUGGGGGCUGGGCAGGCAGGGCUACAAGUGUAUCAACUGCAAACUGCUGGUCCAUAAGCGCUGUCACAGACUCAUCCCUCAGACCUGCCAAAAGCUUAUGGAUCCAGUCAUGCCAUCACAGGAGCCCCCGUCAGACGACAAGAGUGAAGAAGUGGACCUUCCACCGGACGACACCGAGGACCCCGACGAGAUACCCUUUUUGCCACACAACUGUACAGAGGACAAAACAGAGGAUGCAGAUUCAGAGGACAUCAAAGGAGUUGUGGACGGCAUCGACGGCAUCAAGUUGUCCCAGGGUCUGUCUCUGGGACUGAGCGACUUCGACUUGAUCCGGGUGAUCGGGCGCGGCAGCUACGCCAAGGUCCUGCUGGUUCGGCUAAAGAAGAACGAGCAGAUGUUUGCGAUGAAGGUGGUGAAGAAGGAGCUGGUCCACGAUGACGAGGACAUCGACUGGGUGCAGACAGAGAAGCAUGUGUUUGAGCAGGCGUCCACCAAUCCAUUCCUAGUCGGCCUCCAAUCCUGUUUCCAGACAGAAAGUCGGUUAUUUCUGGUCAUUGAAUACGUGAACGGCGGUGACUUGAUGUUUCAUAUGCAACGACAGAGGAAGCUCCCAGAAGAACAUGCCAGAUUUUAUGCCGCAGAAAUCUGCAUCGCUCUGAACUUCCUGCAUGAAAAGGGCAUCAUCUAUCGAGAUCUCAAGCUGGACAACGUUCUCUUGGACCAUGAGGGACACAUCAAGCUCACAGACUACGGCAUGUGCAAGGAAGGGAUCAGACCAGGUGACACCACCAGUACCUUCUGUGGAACACCCAACUACAUUGCACCUGAGAUCCUCAGAGGAGAGGACUAUGGCUUCAGUGUGGACUGGUGGGCUCUGGGCGUGCUGAUGUUCGAGAUGAUGGCUGGCAGGUCGCCGUUUGACAUCAUCACCGACAAUCCCGACAUGAACACAGAGGAAUAUCUCUUCCAAGUUAUUCUCGAGAAGCCCAUUCGCAUCCCAAGGUCUCUGUCAGUGAAAGCUGCCAGUGUGCUCAAGGGCUUUCUUAACAAGGAUCCUAAGGAGCGGCUGGGUUGCCAGGUCCAGACGGGCUUCGUGGAUAUCAAGGCGCACACGUUUUUCCGCAGUAUAGACUGGGAGCAGCUGGAGAAGAAAGACGUGACACCGCCCUUCAAACCUCAAGUCUCUGACGAGUACGGACUCGAAAACUUUGACACGCAGUUUACUAAUGAGCCAGUGCAGCUAACACCUGAUGAUGAGGACGUCAUCAAGAGAAUAGACCAGUCAGAAUUUGAGGGAUUUGAAUACAUCAACCCCCUGCUGCUGUCCACAGACGAGUCUGUAUGAAGGAGAGACACCAGAGCUUCCUCCUUCGCCCACCCACUGUCUGUCCACAGAAAAAAAACACUCGCAAAGCCAACACUGAAAGGACAAGAGGGAGGACGCGCUCACUCUCUGGACGUGUCCACAAGGCAGAUGCAAACACGAGAACGCGAGAACGUGAGAACACGAGAACGCGAGAACACGAGAACCCGAGCCGGUUCUCUUCCUUGGAGGAGUUUGAUUGCUGUUUUUUGUUUUUUUGAGAAAACCAAACUCUUCUUUCUUGGUGUGAACCAGGAAAAUAAAGAACAUUCCCGUCGUUGCACUGUCCCCCCUCCCCCCCGUCCCCCCUGUCCCCCUUGGUUUUUUCUUUCUCCUUUGGCGUCUUUCCGUUCUCCCACAUCAGAAUGUCCACCCUCAUGUCAAAGCACGACUGGCUUUGUCUUCUGAGCAGAGAGCUGUUGUUGAUCCUGUGCCUGCCACCAUGAACACACACACACACACACACGCACACACACGCACACACACACACACACACACACACGCACACACGCACACACACACACGCACACACACACCCCUGGAUGACUUUGACAGUUUCCGCUGAGAAACUUCACAUUUUACGUGCACUUUCUUUUUUUUCUCCUCCAUUUAUUUUUAUUUUAUGUUUUUUAAAAAACAACAAACGAAACAAGAAUGUACAAUGACAAGGAAAAAAACAAAGUUAUUGUGUAUUAUAUUGUAGGUAGUGAAUCCAAAAUUUGACGAUGCCUUUUUAUUGAUGCGAGUGGCACAUUUUUCAUCCCUGGAACAUUUAACUUUUCCUUUUUGUUCUUCACAUACGAUAGUGCGGGGGGUCGCGGGGGGGGGGGGGACCUGGGAGACAAAUUUUUAUUUAAGAAGUGCCUCAAAGAUCAAAAUGAAUUACGUUGUCUCUGAAUGCACUUAUUGAACAUCUCUUCACGCACCGUGGAGCUGCUGCUGCUGCUGCUGCUGCUGCUGCUGCGGCUGCUGCUGCUGCUGCCAUGGUUUCGUCCACAGAGUUCUAAAGUAGAGGGGAGAUCAAUAGGUGACACAUGACUUCAUUUUUAAACCAAUCAAUAAUGAUUUUUUCUUUUUUUUUU